GAUUUACCACAAACAAUUUGGAAUGAAUCCAGAUCGAUCAGAGAAGAGAUUUGUUUCAAUGUGGUAACUUCUAAGCGAAGACAUGAAUUUUCUUAACUUGUUCUCAGAGGAAAGUUGUGCAGUACGAUGACAUUCAUGAAUUAAAUGAAAAGACCCAGGAGGAUUCUUACACCCUUCUCACUCAUUCCCAGAAUAUUUGCAAAAUCACUUUCCCCCUCAAUCCACCUAUGUACUUAACUUUCGGCAUUACUGUUAAGAAAUCUAGUAUUCUUAUUCUCGCAUGUUAAGAAAGCAUUGGCUGUUCUCUUUCUUGUUGUUGAAGUCAAUCUACCUAUAAUAUUGGACUAUUAGCCUGCUGGAUUGUUUUAUUUUUCAUUCCUGUCCAGACUCCAGAGCAAUUUAUGAUGGAGCAGCCUCCAUGUUCCAGAACCACCUUUGAUGAAUUACUAAGGCUAAUAGAAAGAGCUGAUCUUUCUGAGAGGCAACCCAUGGUGGAGAGGAGGCUAAUGCAUUAUUCUAGCUCUCAAAGCAUUCUGUUAGUUGGAGAAGGCAAUUUCUCAUUUUCUUCAGCUUUGGCAACUGCAUUUGAAUGUGCACAAAACAUCGUAGCCACAACACUUGAUAGCAAAGAGAAAGUCUUGAGGGUUUAUGAUACAGCUCGUAGUUCAAUAUGGAACUUGGAAAGUCGUAGAGGAUUGGUACUGUAUGAGGUGGAUGCAACCAGAUUGCACCAAAUUGGAAAAUUAAGAGCGAGCCAGUUUGACAGAAUUGUUUUCAAUCUGCCGCAUGCAGGCUUUAUUGGCGGUGGCGAAUGCAGUAAAGAAGCCAUCAAGAAGAACAACGAGCUGGUAAGUAUGUUCUUCAAAAGUGCUACCGAGAUGCUGAGAUUGUGUGGAGAAAUUCAUGUUACUAACAAGGUGGGGCCACCCUACAAAAAAUGGACUUUGGAAGGAGAAGCAGAAAAGUAUGGGCUAUAUUUGAAGGAGUCUGUUAGUUUUCAGAAAACUGAUUAUCCUGGUUAUAUGAAUAAAAGGGGAAGUGGACGAAAGAUAAACAGAACCUUCCGUCUGGGAGAAUGUAAAACUUAUAUGUUCUCGAUGGUCUGAGUGGCAUGCACCUGUUGUGAAUGCCAUGCCCCUUUAACUUAAAAGUUAAAAGGCAUGGACUGAAAAUAAUUGUUUUAAAUUUUAUCAUGGAAUAAUAAAUUUGAAUUUUUCAUUCA